AGAAAAGAAAAGAAAAAAGAAUCCAUCUUUUUUGCCCUUUAUACAUCCCCCUUCCAAUACAAAUUAGGAUCCAGCCUAGGGUUUUCUCUCCCAAAGUUUCCUUCGCCUCAAAGAGACACCAAUCGAAAGAAUCCAAUACCCAAUCGCCAUGACAGGAAAAGCAAAGCCAAAGAAGCACACAGCGAAGGAGCUAGCUGCAAAGGCAGACGCAGCCCUGACCAACAGGGGCGGAGGCAAAGCUGGGUUAGCCGAUAGGACUGGUAUCGAAAAGGGUGGACACGCCAAGCUGGAAUGCCCGCUCUGCAAAGUGACAGCACCUGAUAUGAAGUCUAUGAAGAUCCAUCACGAUGCUCGACAUCCCAAGAUUCCCUUUGAUGAAGCCAAGCUCACCAAUCUUCAUGCCACUGUUGUUGCUGAGCCCAGCAACACCAAGCCCAAACCCGGUAUCCGUGGUAGUCUCAAGAAGUGAAAUAUUAAUAAUAAUAUUAGUCUUUGUGGGUUGACAUGAAUAAUAAAUAUAUUCGAACCCACUUUUUAGUUUCUGGUGCUGUAAUCGUUGUCAUAUGUUUCUUGGCUAUAUUCAAGUUAAUGCUGCUGAGCUUAUCCUAUGGUUGUGGUUGUUGUUCUGGGAAUACUUUGCUUUCUUAUAUAUGUGAUUACGUUUUUGAUGAUA